CGGUGCUGCCGGGCUCAGCCCCGUCUCCUCCUCUUGCUCCCUCGGCCGGGCGGCGGUGACUGUGCACCGACGUCGGCGCGGGCUGCACCGCGGCGUCCGCCCGCCCGCCAGCAUGGCCACCACCGCCACCUGCACCCGCUUCACGGACGACUACCAGCUCUUCGAGGAGCUCGGCAAGGGUGCUUUCUCUGUGGUCCGCAGGUGUGUGAAGAAAACCUCUACGCAAGAGUAUGCAGCAAAAAUCAUCAAUACCAAGAAGUUGUCUGCCCGGGAUCACCAGAAACUAGAACGUGAGGCCCGGAUAUGUCGACUUCUGAAACAUCCAAACAUUGUGCGCCUCCAUGACAGUAUUUCUGAAGAAGGGUUUCACUACCUCGUGUUUGACCUUGUUACCGGUGGGGAGCUGUUUGAAGACAUUGUGGCCAGAGAGUACUACAGUGAAGCAGAUGCCAGCCACUGUAUACAUCAGAUUCUGGAGAGUGUUAACCACAUCCACCAGCAUGACAUCGUGCACCGGGACCUGAAGCCUGAGAACCUGCUGCUGGCGAGUAAAUGCAAGGGUGCUGCCGUCAAGCUGGCUGAUUUUGGCCUAGCCAUCGAAGUGCAGGGAGAGCAGCAGGCUUGGUUUGGUUUUGCUGGCACCCCAGGUUACUUGUCCCCUGAGGUCUUGAGGAAAGAUCCCUAUGGAAAACCUGUGGAUAUCUGGGCCUGCGGGGUCAUCCUGUAUAUCCUUCUGGUGGGAUACCCUCCCUUCUGGGAUGAGGAUCAGCACAAGCUGUAUCAGCAGAUCAAGGCUGGAGCCUAUGAUUUUCCAUCACCGGAAUGGGACACGGUGACUCCUGAAGCCAAGAACUUGAUCAACCAGAUGCUGACCAUAAACCCAGCAAAGCGCAUCACGGCUGACCAGGCUCUCAAGCACCCAUGGGUCUGCCAACGGUCCACGGUGGCAUCCAUGAUGCAUCGUCAGGAGACUGUGGAGUGUUUGCGCAAGUUCAACGCCCGGAGAAAACUGAAGGGUGCCAUCCUUACCACCAUGCUUGUCUCCAGGAACUUUUCAGCUGCCAAAAGCCUAUUGAACAAGAAGUCCGACGGCGGUGUCAAGCCACAGAGCAACAACAAAAACAGUCUCGUAAGCCCAGCCCAAGAGCCUGCGCCCUUGCAGACGGCCAUGGAGCCACAAACCACCGUGGUGCACAACGCUACAGAUGGGAUCAAGGGCUCCACAGAGAGCUGCAACACCACCACAGAAGACGAGGACCUCAAAGCUGCCCCGCUCCGCACUGGGAAUGGCAGCUUGGUGCCUGAAGGACGGAGCUCCCGGGACAGAACAGCCCCCUCUGCAGGCAUGCAGCCCCAGCCUUCUCUCUGCUCCUCAGCCAUGCGAAAACAGGAGAUCAUUAAGAUCACGGAACAGCUGAUUGAAGCCAUCAACAAUGGAGACUUUGAGGCCUACACGGGCAUUAGGAGAUUCCAGCUGGAGGUCGAACCUUCGCAGCCAGUGGCUCUGGAGGGCCUGAGUGACAGCGGCAGUCCUGUUCGUUUGAGGUUUAAAACAAUUAAAUUACAAAGCGGCAGCAGCCAAUGCACGCCCCUGCAUGCAGCCCUCCCGCCCGCCCUUCGUGUCUGUCUCUGCUGUACCGAGGUGUUUUUUACAUUUAAGAAAAAAAAAAGAAAAAAGAUUGUUUAAAAAAAAAGUGGAAGCCGUACCAUGAUGCGUUUUAAAACCACCGAUAGCCCUUGGGCUGGCAAGAAGACAGGAGUUUGUGUGAUGCCCAUCCUGGCAGGAGCAGCGGGCUCACCCACCAGCCCUGAAGAGGGUGAGCUUGGCCUCUGGCCCCCAUGGACUCAGGGGGACCAGGCAAGAACUCUGACAGAGCUUUGGGGGCCGUGAUGUGAUUGCAGCUCCUGAGGUGGCCUGCUUACCCCAAGUCUAGGAAUGGACUUCUUCAGGACUUGUAUGGGCGCCUAGAAGGAGGCUGAUGAGAACAUCGUGCCCAUCAGACCUACUUGGGAGAGAACACAGAGCUCCCAGCCUGCUGUGGAGGCAGCUGAGAAGCAGUGGCCUCAGGACUGAGGGCCCGGACAUUGCUGUACUGUUUCAUUUAGUGUAGAAGGGAAGAGAAUUGGUGCUGCAGAAGUGUGUCCGCUAUGAAGCCGAUGAGAAACCUCAUGUUAGUCUGACAUGCACUUACUCACUCAUCCAUUUCUAUAGGAUGCACAAUGCACGUGGGCCCUGAAAUUGAGGCCUGAUCCCUGCAGCUAGGAAGGGGGAGGGGUUGCUGCUUUGCUUUGUGUUUGUUUUCUUAUAACUUAGCAAGGAGAGAGCCAGGUCCUGGUCAGGGCUCCCCUUGCCACUUUUGGCAGUUGUGUUUCUGUGCGGAUCUGAACCAUCUUUGUCUUGCCUUUUCAUGGUGGUGGUCCCCUUGCUGACCCUCAUCUGGGCCUGGGCCCUCUGCCAAGUGCCCCUGUGGGAUGGGAGGAGUGAGGCAGUGGGAUAAGAGGUGGUGGUUGUUUCUAUGCAUUCAGGUUGCCUCAGGGUGGCCUCCCUUACUCUUUCCUUGCUGCACGUCCAUCUCUUUUCCUGUCUGCUCUGGCAAGAAGAAGAAGUGUCCUCCUUAAAGAGGCCUCUUUACUGACCAACUGAAGUAUAGACUUACUGCUGGACAGUCUGCAUGGGCAUCACCCCACACACACACCUGCAUGUACCUAAAAGAGGUGUCCAGAGCCAAGGCUUCUACAUUCAUUGUCCCUCUCUGUGCUCAAGGAGUUCCAUUCCAGGAGGGAAAGAUCGAUACCCUAAGCAGAUAGCAGAGAAGAUAAUGGAGGAGCAGUUGGUCAUGGUUUUGGUUUCUCCCAUAACAACUCUGCAGGUUUAUCUGCACAAAUAUCUGCACUUUGAGGGGAAAGGUUGGUAGACUCUAGCUCCCUGGACUACCUUCAGGAGGCACAAGAGCUGGGAGAAGUGGCAAAGCUACAGGUUUACUUUGAAGCCAGCUGAGAAGAGAGCAGACUCAUUGGUGCUGGUGCUUGGAUUUAGCCAGGCUCCUCCGAGCACCUCAUGCAUGUCCCAGCCCCUGGGCCCUAGCCCUGUCCUGCCCUGCAGCCCACAGUGCCAGCACGCAGAUCCCUUCACCACCGGGUUUGGUUUUGCUGGCUUGAAGACAAAUGGUCUUAGAGUUCAUUGAGACCCAUAGCUUCAUAUGGCUGCUCCAGCCCCACUUCUUAGCAUUCUUGUCUUCUGGGGCUAAUGUCAGCAUCUAUAGACAAUAGACUAUUAAAAAAAACCACCUUUAAACAGGAAAUGGAAGGCAUUUGAUGCAGAAUUUUUGCAUGAUGACAUAGAAAUAAUUUAAAAAUAGUUAGUGUUUGUUCUGAAUGUUGGUAGACCCUUCAUAGCUUUGUUACAAUGAAACCUUGAACUGAAGAUAUUUAAUAAAAUAACCUUUAAACAGUC